AUGACUUCAGAUCUUUAUCACGGCUUGACUUGGACCGAAAACAUAUUCGGCCUAGAACCUCGAUGGACUUAUGAGCCCGAAAUCAGCGCCAUAGAGCGAACACUUCAAUCGCUCUAUCCGUCGCACGCGAUCCAAGUCAGCUACCUCACUGAGGGCACCUUCAACAAAAUCUACCGUGUCAAGCUCGACGACGAGUUCCUAAUCCUUCGCGUUUCUCUCCCCGUCGAACCCAUUCGAAAAACGCAAAGUGAAGUGGCCACUAUGAAAUGGAUCCAAAGGGUAACAGAAAUCCCCACGCCCAGGAUCAUCGCUUAUGAUGCCACUCGGGACAGUGAGAUAGGAUUUGAGUGGAUACUCAUGACAGAAAUUCAUGGGAAGCCUUUAGCCGAUCAUUGGAGACAACUAGACAUUCCUGCCAAGUCGAAAUUGACCAGAAAAUUUGCGGAAUUUUCUGUUUCUCUUUGGAGGAACCAACUCAAGGGUAUCGGCAACCUCUACUCAUCAGCAACGACAGAUGGGAAAUCGGCCCUGGCUGAGCAAACCGUGCCCAGUGAGACUAGUGAAGGACUGGAAAAUGAAGGGACUCAGACGGGUCAGGUUGUGUCCCUCGAUUUUUUCUCGGGCUCCCACGGUCGCCAGAAUGUGCCUCGAGGGCCAUUUUCAUGUACCAAAGACUGGAUAGAUGUUUGUCUUGCCCUUUCCAGAAACGACUACCAACAAAUUCUAGAUGAGUAUGCCGGACGUGAAGAUCUCGAUAACGACACCAAAGAAGACAUAGAAGUCGCAGAGAAGAUGCUCAAGGUUAUCGAGGGCCUAGAGAACAUAUUCCCUAUUGUUUUCCCAGUCGAUACCGAAGUUGCUGAGCCCAGUGUGAUCUUCCACGAGGACCUUUCGCUGUACAAUAUUAUGGUUGACGACAAAGGAGAUCUAGCAGGUGUAUUGGAUUGGGAGUUCGUUUCAGCGAUGCCAUUAUGGAAGACUUGCUAUUAUCCCAAAUUUUUGCUCGGACAACCACGUCAUACAAAACCCGAUAUCGAAGACUACGAUUCAGGUAAUCCACAACCCAGGACUGCUUACUGGGAGCACUUGGAUGAAUAUGAAGCAACAAUUCUGCGAGAUGUCUCCAUGGAGGAGAUACGAAGACUGGACCCGGGGUGGGCAGAUCUAUUCGAUGCGAGUGAUCUUAAAAGGGAUUAUGGAGCAGCUGUGGGUUUUUUGAAUUGUUGGCUUGGGCGUCGCCAAAUUCGGCUGUGGGUUGAAGAGGUGGCUUCUGGUAACAAAAAUCCUCACAGUUUAUGUGCGCAAUUAGGUUGCUAA